GCGGCGCUGAGCCGGCGGCUGGGUGCGCCCCGGGGAGCGGGCGGUGACGAUACCUUCUUAGCAAAGGGCUCUGCUGCUCUGGACAAACUGAGGGACCUCUGUAACGAAGGGAAAGAGCCUCCUUCCACGCUUUUGCAGCUCUAUACACAGGCUGUUUUAGACAUUACAUAUUUUGAGGAAAACCAGCUUGUGGAUGAAGAUUUUCCAGAAGAAUCUUCCUUGCAAAAAGUUAAAGAACUUAUCUGUAUUCUUUCAGAACCAGAAGGCCUAGUGAGGGAGUGCAACAUAAAUGAAGAACCCAUCAACAUCCUCGGUGCAGAGUUGUUAGAAUGCCUUUACUGGAGAAAAGGAGCCCUGCUUUACAUGUAUUGUCAUACAGCAAAAGAAAGGAGUGAAUGGCUACGAGAAAACAUUGCCAUAUUUAAAAAGUGUCUUAAUGAUGGAGUUCAUUAUUUGAUGAAGAUGCUUAGCUUGAGAUGCCCUCUUCAACUAAAUGAAGAUGUCUCAUUUCAAGAUAAAGACACAGCUAGAUUACUCCGUGAAGGUGUAUUUAGUGACACUCACUUACUGGCGAUGAUGUACAGUGGAGAAAUGUGCUACUGGGGACUACGCCACUGUGGAGGAGGGAAGCAGGAAAGCCUGGGGACAAUGGACUGUGACCUGGGCUGCAGAUCCCAGAGCGUGGCGCUGGAUUUCCGAGAAGCCGGCAAAAACUUGUUAACAAAGUACGUGGCCGUGUGCGAGGGACCUUUAAAGGGCCACGGGUGGAGCACAACCACUGCAAAAGAAAUGCUGUGUUACUUUGUCUGAACCU